UUUUGCGGUUGGUAAAAAGGUAAAAAUCCGUGUUAUUUCCGAUAUAUUUUUCGAAAAUCGGUUAGUUUAGUGUCCGGGCAUCGAUCGGUGCCUAUUUUCCCGGUGAAAACUGACCGAUUUGCGGGCGAAAAUCCGACUCGAAAAAAGCGGUGCGCUCCGUGUGGGCAGUGUGGAAAAUCGACAUUUUGAUUUUGUGCGUCGUGCUCCGGAAUAGCCGCAAAGCUCGAAAAAAUAGAGUGGUGUGGUGUAGAGGAGAGCGGAGCAGGAGAUUGUGGCAGGAAAGGAUCUAAACCAGAGUGAAGUAAAAGCAGAGGAACAUCCAUCCAUCAGUCUCAGAAUGUCUGGAAAUACGUGCUUCAAGUGUGACCGGCCGGGCCAUUAUGCCCGCGAUUGCCAGAACGUUGGCGGAGGCGGUGGCCGCCCGGGAGGACCCCGCGACAGACAGUUCGGCGGUGGUGGCGGCCGUCGUGAGAAGUGCUACAAAUGCAACCAAAUGGGACACUUUGCACGUGACUGCAAGGAGGAUCUGGACCGGUGCUACCGCUGUAACGGAAGCGGCCACAUCGCCCGCGACUGUAGUCUCUCACCGGAUGACUCUUGCUGCUACAACUGCAACCAGAGCGGCCAUCUGGCGCGCAACUGCCCGGAGAAGAGCGACCGGGACAUGAACGUGUCGUGCUACAACUGCAACAAGAGUGGUCACAUCUCGCGGAAUUGCCCCACCGGGGACAAGAGCUGCUACAGCUGCGGCAAGAUUGGACACUUGAGUCGCGACUGCACAGAGAACAAGGGUCGCGAUUAGAAGUCGGGUUAUGCGUCGUCGUGGUGCGUCAGCAGCAGCAGCAGCAACAAUAUUAACAACAACAACAACACUGUCGGCAGCAGCAACGUUUUGAACCACAGCAACAGUUUGAACCACAUCAAUAAUAACCAUAGCAACAACAACAACACUAAUAAUAACAACGGUGCGGCCAUGGCCUACUAUCGCUUGCCGCCGCCAAUGCCUCCCCCGCAAGACCAGCAAAAGCAGCAGCAACAACAACAACAGCAGCACCUAUUUGGUGGUCUGAAUCCGUUCCAAAGCAACCAUCUUCAGCAGUCCCAUGCCCAAUCAACCGGUCAUCACCAUCAUCAUCAUCAGCAGUUCCCAACCUAUUCCGUCGAGAAUGCGCUGAAAAUGACGCCGCCGCAACAAAAUGCUGCUUAUCUGCUGCAACAACAACAACAACAACAGCAACAACAUCAUAAGAACUCUUACUACAACAGCGCCUCGUCCCCAAUCGGGGCCCAUCUCGGGCAUUACACCGCCGUCGUCGGUGGAUCCAACAGUAAUCCCGGUUCGACCGGAUCCGCUGGCGGGGGAGGAGGAGGGACUAGUGCUGCCGUCGCCGCCGCCGCUGCUGCUGCCACCCUUCACGCAAGCAAACCACGAUUCAAGUUAUAAUAUACACUUUGAUGAUAACAAGAAAAUGAUUAUAAAUAAUAAUUGAACGAAUGAUUCACAGAAAAAAAGAAGUUUGAUGAAAUCAAAAAAAUAA